AGAACCGAAAGCCAAAAACCACUGUCACCAAUACCCAUCCUUUAUGCUCUCUAUGAACUAAUAUAAUUUCAUUCAUCAUCCUUCCCUAGGGCAUUUCCUAUCCAUGGUCCCAGAGGAUUAAAGGAAAAUCAGGAAGUCGAGUUACAGAGAAGCGCGCCGAUUUUGAUGGAACUUUCUACAUUGAUUCAGCCCAAGUAUUACACAUUAAGGGAGAAACCACUCUUUACAUCAGAGGCAUUGACUUCAUUUAUACUUCCAUGACUCCUGACUUAGUAUAAAAGUAAUAAAAUGUAAAUAGAAGGGACGUUUAAUUUAUAGAAACGCUGAAAAAAUGGUUUGAAAUUCCCACUAGCUCAUUUGAAAAAGACAAUCUUAAAGAGUUGAAAAAAAUGAACAUAGUUCUCAGGUUGGACCAAUGAAUCCCACAGAGUUUCAUUGAAAUCGACGUCCGACUUUCCUUGUUAGAAGAGAAGCAGUAACAUCCGAAGCAGCGAUAAGGGAGACACCAUCACCCCCGGAUAACGCAGAAAAACAUCAAGUGUGGGAUGCGCACGCACUCAUCGCGACGACCACUGUACAUGCAUAGCACUACUGGAGGAAUAAGGGGGUGAAAACGGAAGUUCGCGUAGAUAGAAAGGGUGCAGUCGCCUCAAAACGUCUGCUUGAUCCUACUCUUGUGCCGGACCUCCCCUUUAAGCUUUCCGUUCAUUCGGUUCCACCUUCGAUUCCUCCCUUUAACGAUCACCCCCGCGAUGGCUCUCGAUGCCACCGAAAAAAGCUACAUCUUGGACGCGAGGAACAGCUACGAGGAUGGUGGCAGUCUCGGUUCUGAGGAGUCCUAUGAUGAUAUGAGACAAUUAGUCGGGGAGAAGAAGGAAGAAUCCGGAAAAUUCAAUAGUCUACCUCUGGCCAGUUUUAAUUUCAUCAAUUCUAUUAUUGGCAGUGGUGUCAUUGGCAUACCAUAUGCCCUCCAUCAAGCUGGAUUCGGUCUUGGAAUAGCAUUAUUAAUAGUGGUAGCUGGUCUCACUGAUUACUCUUUGAUUUUAAUGGUCAGAAGUGGCCAUAUCUGUGGAGAGAUGAGCUACCAGGGUUUAAUGAGGGCUAGCUUUGGUCGUACUGGAUUUUACAUUCUCACCACUCUACAAUUUAUUUACCCAUUCAUAGCAAUGGUCUCUUAUAACGUUGUCGUCGGCGACACUGUGACGAAAGUUCUAAUAAGGGUAACAGGGAUGAGCGAGACGAACAUCUUCGCUCACCGUCAAGUGGUCAUUUUCUUCGCGACAGUCUGCAUUACAAUACCACUGUGUCUUUACAGAAACGUUGCACGUUUGGCCAAGAUCUCAUUCCUUUCGUUGGUCUGCGUCGGUUUCAUACUCUUGGCUAUCUUAAUUCGGAUGGGUACGAUGUCCGCAAUUGUGCCAAAUCAAGAAGAUAGCUGGCGUUUUGCAAACUUCCCGGGCAUAAUACCCUCCGUUGGAAUUAUGGCAUUCGCCUUUAUGUGCCAUCAUAAUACGUUCCUUAUCUACGAGUCUAUAGAGAGAGCUACUCAACAAAAGUGGGACGUCGUCACCCAUUGGUCACUGUUCACUUCGUUUUUGAUAGCGACUGCCUUUGGGAUCAUCGGAUACGCUACUUUCACCGCGUACGUACAGGGUGAUCUUAUGGAGAAUUAUUGUUGGGACGAUGAUCUGAUGAACUUCGCCAGGGUUAUGUUCAGCGGGACUAUCCUCCUGACCUUUCCUAUCGAAUGCUUCGUCACGAGGGAGGUGAUUUUGACAGCAAUUAAAGGGACAGACGAACUAGAAGACCACACAGCAUACGUUCCUAACUCCGACAGAAAGUACUUGAUUAUCACUCUGACGAUAGUAAUCGUGGCAUACCUGAUUUCGAUGUCCACUGAUUGCCUUGGGUUGGUUCUCGAAUUGAACGGUAUCCUAGCAGCUGUACCUUUAGCCUACGUUCUUCCUGGCCUCUGCUACCUCAAACUGGAAGAGGGACCAGUUCUUUCGUCUAAGAAACUUCCAGCGCUCGGUCUGAUGACCGCGGGCGGUUUCGCAGCUCUCUCUGGGCUGCUGUUGUUGAUUUUGAAUCGUGGCACUUCCGGGUCCUGCGUGCACGGAAAGAUAAACGAAGGAGAUGGUUUACCUCCAGUGAUUUGUUUGCCUUGUAAUCAACGUUUGGAUGCAUUUUAUAAUUUUAAAUGUCAGAUACAAAAUUCGGAUGAAAAGUUGCGUCAACUUCUCAAAUUCAAGUCUCCUUCGGAUGGUUCUGUUAGCAGUGAAAUCAUAGUCAAAACUAUAACUGCUGACAUGAUAUCUUUUCAAAAAGAAAACAGUAAAAGGCAAGAAGUUAAUUCUACAAAUUUCUACCCUGACGAAAAACAACACAUAAAAAAUGUUCCUAAUAAUUUGUUAGAGGAUUCUAUGAGACAAAUUAAUUCUGUUAAACAUGAAGAAUUAUCUUUAAAAAGUACUUUGUUUGGUAGUGAUGUAAAUAACAUUGAAGCAUUGGAUAAUUCACAAGUGUUAGAAGAAACAUCAAAAACAAAUGGCACACAAGAUGAUGAAGACACACCACUUAUAUCACAUAUUACUAAAUUUCGCUGUACACUGUGUAUGAAAUAUUCCUGUUCGAAAAAAUCGUUACAGAGGUAUGCUAGUAGUAGUGUACAUACAUGCCGAACUAAAUUGCAAUAUAUUUGUUAUGUUUGUGAUAAACACUAUUCAACUUUGGGAAAAAUGGAAAAUCAUGUGGUGAUGUAUCAUGAAACAGAUUGGGAAGAAGGAAAUAGUAAGGAUAGGAGAGUCAGUUAUGAUCAAGAUAAAGGAGUCACAAGCAUCAAAGAUAAAGGAAUUAAUAAUCUUUUUGAUGAUAUAUUUCUAAAGGACCAACAAAAAGGUUCAAAAUACACUUGUAAAAUCUGUUUAAAAGAAUUUCUUCAUCAGAAUUUCUUUUUAAUACAUGCUAAAAGUCAUGCAGAGUAUAAAGAAGAUCUGGAUAAUUUCUAUCAAUGCUCAUUAAACAAAAGGUCUGUUGAAGCUAUUGAAGAUGGAAAAGAAAAUACGAAAGAUGGCAAGACUGGAAACUUUCCUGCUAAGAGUCUACAGUGUACUCAGUGUGAAAAACAGUUUGCUACAAAGAGAAACCUUAGAUGACAUCUGUUCAUACAUACAGGAAUAAAGUAUACUUGUCGGACUUGUGGUAAAGGAUUUUCAAGAGUAGAUAAAUUAAAAGAUCAUGAACUAAUACAACACAUGGCUGGAAUAUUUGAUAGCUCAGAGUUAGAUGAUAGCGAUGACAUGGACAGUAUUAAUAUGGGAGGCUGUGUAGAAAAGGAAAAGAAAAGUCGUUACAACAGACCACACAAAUGUGCGAAUUGCCCCAAAUCAUUUGCGCGGGCUCAGUCUCUAGUAAAUCACUUAAAGCGUCACGUGCGUGCCAACCAAAUUACAAAGAAGUACCUUUGCGAGGUUUGCAGCAAAUGCUUUGCACAGAACGCGUCUCUUACUAUACAUAUGCGUACACAUACGGGUGUAAAACCGUAUGCUUGUAGCAUGUGCAGUAAAGCCUUCCCAAAAAGCAGUUCCUUACAAAGACAUUUACGCACGCACAGUGGAGAAAAACCUUACAUUUGUCAGUAUUGCAGUAGAGCUUUCGCACGUGCAAAUACACUAGCACGACAUAUAACGACGCAUACAGGAGAAGCAAAGUAUCAUUGUGAAGUUUGUACGAAGUCGUUUAAAAGACUGGCUUCGUUAAAUCAGCACAUCCACAUUCACACUGGUCAGAGACCACACGUGUGCAAGUUUUGUACAAGGACAUUUACCAACACUGGAUCGCUUUACAUACACAAGAAAAAAUGCAAGGGGGAGCAGCCGUGUAAUACUGAAGUAACGGUUUCCAUGGAAAAUUCUGUGAUACAACAUGAUGUAAACGUUCCAUGUGUUUUUAUUUAUUCGCGAAAGGAGCUGGUCGAGGACACAAUCGUUGGACAGAUUAUGCCUACACCACAAUAUAUGAUUACAAAUGUGCAUAAUCAGGACCUUUUGAUUAAUUAGGAUGUACGACACAUUCUUAAAG